AUCCGGGGAAACGUGCAUGCCGGUUCUGAAGGAGGUGUAAAACCACACUGUACUUUGUUGAUCGUAUUAUAUGUUCGUUCCUGUAAUAUUUUCGUUUUAAUAUGGCGGAUGAGAUCGUUACCGAACAGAUGAAAGGUCUGCAAGUGGAAGAGAAGAAGAAUGUCAAAGACGGAGGAAAGAAGAAAAUUAAGAGUGCUAGUGGAGAGGCAGGUGGAAAGGCUGAGUUGAGUCCUCUUCCUCAGUACAUUGAGGAGCGUCUGUCCAUUUAUAACAAGCUGAAAGCAGAACAUGAUGCCCUGCUGGCUGAGAAAGCUGCAAAGGACAACAAACCCAUCAAGAUCACACUGCCAGAUGGAAAAGUAGUAGAUGGGGAGUCCUGGAAAACCACACCAUACCAGGUUGCCUGUGGCAUCAGCCAAGGCCUUGCUGAUAACACUGUGAUUUCCAAAGCGAACAAUGCAGUGUGGGAUCUUGACAGGCCCUUAGAGGAAGACUGCAGUCUUGUUUUUCUCAAAUUUGAUGACGAAGAGGCUCAAGCAGUUUAUUGGCACUCUAGUGCCCACAUAAUGGGAGAGGCCAUGGAGAGAGUUUAUGGAGGCUGCCUAUGUUAUGGACCCCCCAUCGAGAAUGGCUUUUACUAUGAUAUGUUUCUUGAAAAUGAAGGCGUAUCGAGUAAUGAUUUCCCCUGUCUGGAGAACUUGUGUAAGAAGAUCAUCAAAGAGAAACAGCCCUUUGAGAGGCUGGAAGUGAAGAAAGAGACUCUUUUAGAAAUGUUCAAGUACAACAAGUUCAAGUGCAGGAUCCUGAAUGAGAAGGUUACCACCCCCACAACUACAGUUUACAGGUGUGGCCCAUUGAUUGACUUGUGCAGAGGGCCUCAUGUAAGACAUACUGGAAAGAUCAAGGCAUUGAAAAUCCACAAGAAUUCUUCUACGUACUGGGAGGGCAAAGCUGACAUGGAAAGCCUACAAAGGAUCUAUGGCAUCUCUUUCCCUGAUACUAAGAUGCUGAAAGAAUGGGAAAAAUUCCAGGAAGAAGCCAAGAACCGGGAUCAUCGCAAACUGGGACGGGAGCAAGACUUGUUUUUCUUCCAUGACCUGAGCCCAGGUAGCUGUUUCUUUCUCCCUAAAGGAGCCUACAUCUAUAACACGCUGAUUGAGUUCAUUAGGAGUGAAUACAGGAUGAGGGGAUUCCAGGAAGUGGUCACGCCUAACAUCUACAACAGCAAACUCUGGCAAACCUCAGGGCACUGGCAACAUUACAGCGAAAACAUGUUCUCUUUUGAAGUGGAGAAGGAGAUCUUUGCACUUAAGCCCAUGAACUGCCCUGGACACUGUCUGAUGUUUGACCAUCGGCCACGCUCUUGGAGGGAACUGCCUUUACGUAUGGCUGAUUUUGGCGUCUUGCACCGCAACGAGCUAUCAGGAGCUUUAAGUGGCUUGACCAGAGUCCGGCGCUUCCAACAGGAUGAUGCUCACAUCUUCUGCUCUAUGGACCAGAUUGAGUCCGAGAUAAAGGGUUGCCUGGACUUCCUGCGUACAGUGUAUGAUGUGUUUGGCUUCACUUUCAAACUCAACCUCUCCACCAGGCCAGAGAAGUUCCUCGGAGAGCCUGAAGUGUGGGACCAGGCUGAGAAACAACUGGAGAACAGUCUGAAUGAUUUCGGGGAAAAGUGGGUUCUGAAUCCUGGUGAUGGAGCAUUCUACGGACCAAAGAUUGACAUUCAGAUAAAGGAUGCCAUUGGCAGGUAUCACCAAUGUGCCACCAUUCAGCUGGACUUUCAGUUGCCUAUUCGCUUCAAUCUCACUUUUGUAAGCCAUGAUGGUGAUGACAAGAAGAGACCUGUGAUCAUCCACCGAGCAAUUCUGGGCUCAGUGGAAAGGAUGAUUGCCAUCCUCACUGAAAACUAUGGUGGAAAGUGGCCACUUUGGCUGUCACCAAAUCAGGUGAUGGUUGUUCCUGUUGGACCCACUUGUGAAGACUAUGCCCAAAGAGUACAACAAGAGUUCCAUCAUGUAGGGUUGAUGACGGAUGUUGAUCUGGACUCCGGCUGCACACUAAACAAGAAGAUCAGGAAUGCUCAGUUGGCACAGUACAAUUUCAUUUUAGUGGUGGGCGAAAAAGAGAAAAGCAGCGAAACGGUAAAUGUGAGGACUCGUGACAAUAAGGUGCACGGAGAGAGGAGUCUGACUGACUGCAUGGAACGCCUCAAGCAGCUGAAGGCAUCUAGAACCCGCAACGCGGAGGAGGAAUUCUGAUCUCCCUGAACUUCAUGCCAAGUCACCAUUCAGAUGCCAGCUUGGAGGCCACUGGGCAACAGUGUCCUCUUCUGCAUAAGAAAUUAUCCAUCACCUCUCAAAUGUAUCCGCAUGGUUCGUUUGAAAUCAGAAACAAUAUUUUAUAAUGAAUCAGCCAGUUGCCAUGAAGGGAUAGAGUCUGUAGUGAUGAAAUAAUUGUCAAUCCAAAAAAAAAUUUUCAUGAAUAACUGUAAAAAAAAAAAAAAAAAAAGAAAAGCCUUAGGAAUGUUCAUUGUUUAGCCAGCUGGUAUCUCUGUUACAGGAAUGUACCUUUUCUAUCAAAAUUUGUGUAUGGGUAAAUGAUAAUUAUGUCUCGCUUGGUAUGUUGCAAAUGAAAUAAAAAUGGUCUCACUCUUGAUUUGAA